UUCACGGUGCUUACUGUGUCUUACGUGCCCAAGAAAGAACGCACCGGAUCUGCAGAACUAAUCUGAGAGCCGAGGGACUGAAGAGCUGAGCUGAGCUGAAGAGGUGGGAUGGUGACCUGUCAUUAACCUCUAGAUGAGCGAAACCAAGCAGGACCCACCAAGUGACUGUCUUCAAAGGAUGGCCAUCACAACUUCACAAGGCAGGAUGAGAUCAGUCACACAUAUGAUUUAGGAGAAUACGAGUGAUCAUAUGCUUGUUUUAUAGCAUAAUUGGGAUUUCAAACUGAGACGUGAUAUGAAAUAGUGAUGUCUUAUACCGUGCCAUCUUUAUUUAUCCGCGAUAACUCAAAGUAAGUUCCUUGUGCAUGUCGAGAAAGUUGGCUUCUAAUACAGUACUUGUUUCAGAUAGGCUCAUAAACGUGCUUGCUGCACUUUGAGAGUGUGCAGAGGCGCACAGGGGGCAGAGAGAGGGACAGACCAGGCAGCCUGCAAAAAAAAAGGAAGCACGACUCGCCUUAUCGCGUCACUCUGGGUUUAGGCGUGAAGCAGGAAACAGCCUUUCCUCCCGGAUUGUCGCCCUAGGAACAAACACGCAAUUUUGUCUUUACUCAAUGCAACCCUCGGCCCAGAACACGCGCAAGCCAGCCAGAAGGAAAAAUGCCUCCUCCGAUGGAGAUAGCUCUUAUGCUCCUCGGCGUGCUCGCUUUGGAGGCGCGCCUGAGCGCCAGUGCGCUGCGCAUCCAGCAUACGUUCUCGUCUCCAAACCACACCAAUAAUUUCGUGGUGGACGCAGCGUCGAGAAAGAUCUACCUGGCUACCGUCAACAGCAUCUACCAGCUGAACGGGACACUGAGCGUUGAGGCGGAGAAGAGGACCGGGCCGGUGGAGGACAACCUGUUGUGCCAUGCGCCACAGCUUCCACAGGCUCCGUGCGAGCAUCCCAAGUCUCUCACCGACAACCACAACAAGCUCCUGGAGCUGGACCACGAGCAGAAGGUAGUGGUGGUGUGCGGCUCCGUGUACCAGGGCUUCUGUGAGCUCAGGAGAAUGGGCAAUAUCUCCGAGAUAGCCGUGGAGUUCCCACCCCAUGGGGAGAAGACUGUCUUCCCCAGUAUGCUCAACAUCGCUGCCAAUCACCCCAACGCCUCCACUGUGGGGCUUAUCUUGAGGGGCCACGGGGGCAACACCCGGCUGCUUGUGGGAGCCACAUACACAGGGGCUGGAACACAGUUUUUCCCCAAAAAUCACAGCAAGGAAGACCUGCGCUUUGAGAACACCCCAGAAAUCGCCAUCCGCUCCUUGAACAUCCAGGAUUUAUCCAGACUUUUCACCUAUGACAUCAACCCCUCUGAGGAUAAUGUAUUCAAGAUUAAGCAAGAGGCAAAGACCAAAAACAAGCUCAACUUUGUGCAUGCUUUCAUCCACAAGACCUACUCCUACAUUGCCUUCAAUAAUGAUGCCAAAAUGGGCCACAAGGAGAGCCAACCCAACAGCCUCCUCGCCAGGAUCUGUUUGGACACCAACAGCCGAAAGCCCACCGGGCCGGAAAGCAGGAAGCUCACGGAGUCUUACAUCCAGAUGCCGCUCCAGUGUGGAUAUAACGGGGACAUUUAUAACCGCCUCUUGUCCGUUUACACGGCUGACAUCCACACGGAGGAGGCUCAAGGCUCAGAGCCCUAUCUCUUUGGAGUGUUCUCCAAGGGGGACAGAAAGUCUGCACUAUGUGCCUUCAAGUUUGGAGACAUCGAGGAGGAGAUCCGACAAGGCCGCAGGAGCUGCUCCAACUACCCCAGCAGGGAUGUCCAGGUGCUGGACAGCGUCAUCCAGGGCUCUGGGGCAGCCUGCAUCCAGAAAUGGAACCUUGUGCUGCAGCCGGAGCAGCUGGACUGCGGUGCGGCCCACCUGCAGCAUCCUCUGGCCCUGCGGAAGCCCCUGAGGGCCCUUCCUUUGUUCGAAUACACCGGCCUCAGCUCAGUGUCUGUGGACAACGUGCUCAACCACACCGUUGUUUUCCUGGGAACAAGCAACGGACGACUCCGAAAGCUGACCCUCACGCCAAACAUGACUUUGGCUAAUCAGUCGACACUGAAGCUACCAGCCAAUGAAGCAGUCCAUCACAUCAUGACCUUUGACCCCAACGACAGGACCUUCCUUUAUCUCAUGACCUCGCACCAUAUGCUGAGGGUGAAAGUGGCCGAAUGUGACCAGUGGACGAGCUGCGGGGACUGUUUGGGAGCAGGUGACGCCCACUGUGGCUGGUGCACCCUGGAGAAUAGGUGUACCAUCCAGAAGGAGUGUGCCCCGGGGGUGUUGGCACGCUCCUGGAUCACCAUCGGUGAAGGCCCCCAGCAGUGUCCCUCCAUGACCCUGACACCCUCUGAGAUCAGCAUUUCUGCAGACAUCAAGAAUGUCGGUAUUCUAAUAAAUGGCAGUGUUCCUGAUCUGGUUGGCUCCCGGGUCCAGUGUGAAUAUGGCCCGGGUUUGUCUACGGAUGCUACCCUGCACCUGGACCAUGGUCCUGCUCAAAUCCAGACUUGUCCCCUGCUCUCUUGGGAAAACUACCAGCCAAUCCGCCCAGGCACAGAUCAUCUGGCUGUUUCUGUGGCAAUAAAAGUGAACGGUACAUCAGUGGUGUCUGGGAGCUUCAUCAUCUAUGACUGUGAGAGGACUGGAGCAAUAAACCCCAAAACCUCGUGUGUUAGCUGCCUGAGCACAAGGUGGAAAUGCUACUGGGACCAGGAGAACCACCAAUGUGUCUCCAGUAAAGAGGACUCAAAGCACAACUUGCUGGAGCAUGCAGUUUCCUGUCCCAGCUUGGUGGCCACAGAGGUUCCUCCAUCGCCAUCGGGGGCAGCCCAAGACUUCACCAUAACCCUGAACAAUAUCCAGGAGGGGGAGGAGCUUGAGUGUGACUUUGGGACAGAGCAGCGAUACAAAGCCACAUGGCUGAACAGCUCUACAGUCAAGUGCAGUGGUGUGACACUGUCCACCAGUCAGAGGAGUCACAUUUACCACCUCAACCUGAGGAGGAGAAGAUUCCUUAGCGAUGGCAUUUUUGUGGACAGCCCCCACCCUAUGAAAGUGGAGGUGUACAACUGUGGCGUGGGUAGCACUGAUUGUUCUCAAUGCUGGGGCCGUGAGGAUCAGGGACAUCUCUGCGGCUGGUGUGAAAACAGCUGCAGACUGAGGGAUGCCUGCCAGCCAAUCAAAGAUCAAUGUCCAGCUCCAGAGAUCCAUAAGAUCUUUCCCAUGAGGGGCCCAGUAGACGGAGGCACCCGCCUGACGGUACAAGGCAAGAACCUGGGGCGCAGGGCAGAAGCAGUCAAAGUCUCCAUUGGAGAAGUACCCUGCGCUCUCCUGUCUGAGCUCUACAUCGUCUCUACUGAGCUGGUGUGCGUCACUGGGAGAGCUACACAUGACAGGACAGAUAUCGUCCAAGUGGACGUGGAUCAGAGUGGGAUGGGGACGUCAAAGGAGGGCUUCUCAUACUUGGUCCCAAAGAUGCUCUCUAUGCAUCCGGAAAAAGGCUCUCGUGCUGGGGGAACCAGAGUGACCAUCACUGGGGAACACCUGGGCAUUGGUUCUCAUGUUAGAGUGACCGUCAACAACACGCAGGAAUGCAGCAUCACAGAACAAACUGAUGACAACAUUGAGUGCACCAUGCCUCCAGCUCUGCAGGCAACCAGUGAGUCAGUGGUAGUGUGUGUGGAGUUUGAGAACGUCCCCUGUCACAGUGAGGAGCUGAGCACCACAUACAUGUAUGAGAAGAACCCCACCAUCAGCUUCAUCAAGCCAGAUAAGAGCUUCCUCAGUGGUGGCAGGACCAUCACAGUAGCAGGCCAGGGCUUUGACCUGGUGCAGAGUGUCACCAUGCAGGUGCUGGGAAUUGGACAAACCCUAUGUGCAGUUCUGUCACCCUCCAGGAUUACAUGUCCGUCCCCGCCCUCCAACCAGUCCAAGCAGACCUCGGUACAGUUCUACCUGAAUGGCGUUCUCUACAUAGGGGACCGCCCCUCCUCCUCUGAUAAUGAGGCAGAGGAGGAGGAGGGCGAGCUACAUAAAGGUCACUUCUUGUUGGAAUAUGUGGAGGACCCCCAGUUUUUCACCGCCAACAAGGAGAAGCUGAUUAAACAUCACCCAGGAGAGCAACUGACACUCAUCAUCAAUAAAGGGCCCAGCGAUCUGGAGCUGAUGCCAGACGAAUACUCUGUGAUGAUUGGCCCGUAUCCCUGUAACAUCACCUUCCAUAAUGACCAGCUAUUCCACUGCACCAUCAGUGGCCUACUACCCCGUGAGAGAGAGAUGCCCGUCACUGUACAAGUGGGUAACUAUCGGCACACCAUUGCCAAAGUUCAGCUUGCUGGCAGCGAGCUGGCCAUCGUGGUGUCCAUUGUGGUGUGCUGCGUCCUGCUGCUGCUCUGCACUGUGGCCCUUGUUGUUUACUGCACAAAGAGCCGAAGGGCAGAACGCUACUGGCAGAAAACCUUACUCCAAAUGGAAGAGAUGGAGUCCCAGAUCAGAGAGGAGAUCCGUAAAGGCUUUGCAGAGUUGCAGACAGACAUGACGGACUUGACCAAGGAACUCAAUCGCAGCCAGGGCAUUCCAUUCCUGGAGUAUAAACAGUUCGUCACGCGCACGUUCUUCCCAAAGAUGUGCUCUGAUUACGAGAGAAGCCUGAUCCAGCCCGCCUAUGAGUAUGAUUCAAUGGGCCCUCGAGCGCUGCCAGAGACCCACCCGCUGCUGCAGGACUGGCAGGCCACCAACCCGACCAGACCCAACGUAGAGGAGGGCAUCACUUUGUUCGCCACCCUUCUCAAUAACAAGCACUUCCUGAUCACCUUCGUCCAUGCCUUGGAGCAGCAGAAAGACUUUGCUGUACGAGACAGAUGCAGUCUGGCAUCCCUGCUCACCAUCGCCCUCCAUGGCAAGCUGGAGUACUACACUAGUAUUAUGAAAGAUCUGCUGGUGGACCUCAUUGAUGCUUCAGCCUCCAAGAACCCCAAGUUGAUGCUGCGCCGCACUGAGUCUGUCGUGGAGAAAAUGCUGACCAACUGGAUGUCUAUCUGCAUGUACAGCUACCUCAAGGAAACAGUGGGUGAGCCCUUCUUCCUCCUGCUGUGUGCAAUCAAGCAGCAGAUCAACAAGGGCUCCAUUGAUGCCAUCACAGGGAAAGCACGCUACACUCUCAACGAGGAGUGGCUGCUUCGCGAGAAUAUUGAAGCUAAGCCACAGAACAUCAACGUGUCCUUUCAGGGUUGUGGCAUGGACUCGCUAUCUGUCAGGGUUAUGAAUACGGACACCAUCUGCCAAGUGAAGGAGAAAAUCAUAGAAGCCUUUUAUAAAAACCUGCCAUUCUCCCAGUGGCCACGAGCAGAGGACGUCGACCUGGAGUGGUUUGACUCUGGAAGCAACAGCAAACUUCUGCAGGACCUGGAUAACUCCUCCGUGAUGGAGGAUGGGCGAAAGAAACUCAACACAGUCUUCCAUUACAAGAUCCCAGAAGGGGCAUCGCUAGCCAUGAGCAUGCAAGACAAGAAAGAGAACACCCUGGGGAGAGUCAAAGAUCUGGAUACGGAGAAGUACGUACACUUGGUUCUUCCUCAUGACGAGCUGAUGGAGACCAAGAAGUCGCACAGGCAAAGUCAUCGCAAGAAGGUGCUGCCUGAAAUCUACCUGACACGCCUUCUGUCUACCAAGGGAACCCUCCAGAAGUUUUUGGACGACCUCUUCCAGGCCAUCCUCAGCAUCCCCCCAGAGCAACCCCCGCUCGCUGUCAAAUACUUUUUUGACUUUCUGGAGGAGCAGGCUGACAAACGAGGCAUCACAGACCCGGACACCCUACAUAUCUGGAAAACCAACAGUUUACCGUUGCGCUUUUGGGUGAACAUCCUGAAAAAUCCUCAGUUUGUCUUUGAUAUCGACAAGACGGACCACAUGGACGCCUGUCUGUCUGUCAUUGCACAGGCCUUCAUAGACGCCUGCUCUAUUUCGGACCUGCAGCUGGGCAAGGAUUCUCCAACCAACAAGCUGCUGUAUGCUAAGGAGAUCCCAGAGUACAAGAAGAGGGUACAGUGCUACUACCAGCAGAUUCAGGAGAUGGCGCCCCUCAGCGAGCAGGAGAUGAACGCUCACCUAGCGGAGGAAUCUCGAAAAUACAGAAAUGAAUUCAACACCAACCUGGCCUUGACGGAGAUCUACAAAUAUGCCAAGAGAUACAGAAACCAGGUGGUGAACGCCCUGGAGUCUAACCCCACUGCACGUCGCACCCAGCUGCACCACAAGUUCGAGCAAGUCAUCGCCCUGGUGGAGGACAACAUCUACGAGUGCUGCAGCGAAGCCUGAGUCUCCUCUGCCCGUCGCCUCUUGUUCCUGCUGCCUUGCUCCUUCCUGACCAUGGAAGUGGGACACCACGGAAUCAGCCUUCACGAGUGUCAUUCCCAAAACCCCCAAGCGUGAAACAUAGCAAGGCCUGCAUUUGUGAGGUGGAAAUGCAGGGUCAUUUUCCCAAAUCUUUGGACAGAAUUCCAAUCUGGCUCAGCUAUGCUUUAAAGGGAAGUGUGGAGAUGAGGCUUUUUUCCGGAUGUCUGUACAGUUAGUUGGACCUAAAGCCCUGGUGGUUGUCUGUCUUAACGCACUGAACCCUGUCCUCAAGGGAACGAGCCAAUGAUGCACUGUCUUGUAUAGUAAUGUCCAUAGCAAUAUUUAUAGAGGUGUUGUAAUGCUUUUGAGUGGCCUGUCCGUCUGGAGGAAAGGAUGGUGACAAACUCCUCCUCCGUCUCCCUAAAGCCUUCUCAGGUGUGACUCACCACCGUCGGUGCUUUGAACAUUCAGUCCCAAUGUGCUUUGCGGUGGAUGAGGGCUUGAAGAGGAGUGGAGAGCCUGAAGUCAAGCAGCUCACUGGGAAGAGCUGCCACAACAGUGUUGAAGUGAUCCAUGUGCUUGUAGACCAACCAUUCUGACCAAACUAGAGGGAAAUUUCAAAUGUGAUCUCAAUAUUAUCUAAUGACAAGUGUCUCCUAUGGCUGUAUUGUGAUGCCAAAUGAUUUGUCAGACUUGGUGAAUUAAACAACAGU